UUGUCCCAUUUGUCCUGUUUCAGUCUUAAACAUGAGUGAAACGUGUAGGGAACCAGCUUGUGCAACGACUUCGACGAGUUCAACUCAUGCUUGUUCACCAGGUAAUAACUGCCUCAUGGGAACAUGCAGAGUGACUACUGGUGGAAUCAUUGUCUGUGAACAUGGCUGCAAAGAUGGAUUUUCGGGGAAACUAUGCAACAUUCCAUGUUUACCAAACUGUUUAAAAUGUAGCCAACGAAGAGCAAAUGAUUGUAUGAAAUGUAAAAAACGUCAUGUAGGUGAAUUUUGUGAGAAUGAAUGUCCGAUUUCCUGUGCUGAAGGAUGUUACAGGAAUGGUGUCUGCAGGAAACACUGCUCGGAUAGCCACGUGUGUGGUGACAAAUGUCUGCCUAGAUGUAAACAGUGUAACUUCACUUCUGGGGUAUGUCAGAAAUGUGACACCCAUUACACUGGAGACAACUGUGAAACUGACUGUACCAACUGUUUGGGAAAGUGUUCAAGUUCAGGCUGCCCUGAAGGAUGCAUCAAUGGGUUUCAUGGGGACAAAUGUGACACUCCAUGUUCUGAAAAUUGUAUUCCAUUUUGUCAGUCUAAAUCAAGUGCAACCGGAGAAUGUUCACCUGUAUGCGAUCAACACACAGGCAGAUGUAUGAAUGGGUGUAAGGAUGGCUUCAGAGGUCAACAAUGCACAGACGGCUGUAGUUCCAGAUGCCAAGACAUGAGAUGUAAUCAAACCACAGGCCAUUGCAUGAAGUGUGUUAAUGGUUACUAUAAGGAAACGUGUCAUCUGCGAUGCUACAAUUGUAAAGAUGAUGUUUGUGAGAUGAAAACUGGUUUCUGCUUUGAAUGUAAGGACGGGUACUAUGGAGUGGACUGCAAACAGACCUGCACUAACUGCCAGUCAGGCCUUUGUGAACGCAACGAUGGACACUGUAUUGGCAACCAAUUCAUGACAACUUUAGUUUGUGAUAACAAACCCCUGCCAAACCAAACUAUCACAUAA